ACACGCCCUGUGGGAGCACAAAGUCCUCAUACUAAUACUCAGGAGUCAGACAUGGAUUUUCUGGAGCAGGUUGAAAAAAUCACAUCCAUUGCCAAAUUUGGAGACUUGAUCGAAUUUUCCUACCCUAUCGGAUAUUCCCACUGGGGAGUGUAUGAUGAAGAUGGAUAUGUUAUCCAUUUUGCUGUUGCAGAUGAAAGUCAACUGAUGAGCGGCAUACGUAGUUCCCUGCAAAGAUGCUUCCCUGUUUGUGGUGACCUUCUUAUUGGGGAGACCAGGAUCCGCAGAGUGCCACUUGCUGAAGUCAACGUCCCGAAAGGAGUCCAUGCCCUGAUCAGUAAUAAUCGCCAUGUCUUUACACCGUCAGCCUCUGAGGAUAUGCGGCUACGGUGCGAUGCCCUUCUUGAUCAGGAUUUCCCUUAUCAACUUUUCUCUCUCAACUGUGAGCACUUUGCUACUUUUGUACGCUACGGAAAAGCUGUGUGCAACCAGAUUCCUAUAAGACCCAAGAAUGAAGAGUGUGAGAAGGCAACUGCAAUCUUCAAAGACGUCGUCAGCUCCAAAGAAAAUGCUUCAGACCAUUUUGAAUGAGCGCUCUUUUCCAAUUCAUGACAAUUGAUAAUUCAUGAAAAUGUAAAAUAAAUGUAGAAAUUGGUUUAACAAAAAGCUCUAUGACCUGUUUGAAAAUCAUAUUGCUUAAACAUUUGCCUUUGGACAUCUGUAUGGCUGGGAUGGAUUAUUUUGUCAUUGUCAAAGGGAAAACGCCAUCAUUUUAAGAAUCUUGUCUGACAAUGACAUGAUCAUAACCAAUUAUUUUACCUGCAACUCACAUCAGCGAAGAACAUGUAUUGAAUUGUAUAAAACAUAUUUUUUUAUCAAAGAAAACCAAAAAAGUAUUUUACCUGUUUCUUUGCACUACAUUGACCCAUUGUGUUUUUGGGAAGACAGCCUUACAGGAGCAAUUAGAUUCAAAGAUGCAAUUUGAAAAUAAAGUUAAGAAUGAAUGCCAA